AAGUGGACAAAACCCCCACUCUGAGUAGGUUUACUGGUGAUCCGGGGGUGAAGCGGAUGCCAUCAGACCCAACGGAUGUGUCUGAAGUUGCGUCACCUGUUAUGUCAGGAGACUAACAGAUACUAUCUCUCAGGUGAUAUGCAGAAAAAUACCCUGGUGAGAAUUGUGAAGAGUACCCUUUUAGGCAGUGCUGUGUGCGCGCAGUCUACAAGAAGAAGAGAAGGACUGCGUUCAUCUGCAAAUUCUGCGUGAUGCCUCUUCACAAAGGCGAAUGUUUCCAGAGAUAUCACACACGCAAGCACUUCUAGGAGCUCUGUGGUAUGCUGUGGAUGUAACGGAGGACACACAUUCAGAUGUGUUAAAGGCCGCCAGAUCUUUAUUCUGCAAGAGAACGCGCACCCUCUACCGUUGGGUGUACCCGAACAUAUCGAAGUACGAGCUCAAUAGACGAGUGGCAGAUGCCUGGGACUCAGCAUCUCAAGAUGAGAAGAACAUUUACAUAUCGGAGGUGCUCGGAAGGUUCGGGACUAGAAACAGGACUGUCAUACUUAAUCCGCGACUGGAGGAAAUAUUGAGCAUGCCUGCUAGUCUCCUGGAGAACAGAUCCAUAGUAACAUCUUUGAACUGCAGUAUUGGCCAGGCACUACAGGCCGUAGACGCACUUCGAACAUCAAAUGAGGAUGCAGCUACCAGGACAUCUGAUUAUACACUGAAGAGAGAAUAUACCAAGCGCGGCAGUAGGAAGAAAGGGAAUACCAAUGUGCGCACUAGGAAAGCGGAAAGAAAACCUCAGCGCAGUAAGAAGCGAAAACUGCCGUCAAGUGCAGAAACUGAUGGGACAGCCAAAUGUGGAGCUCUCAUUACUGACGAAUUCGCUGAGGAAGCUGACAUUCUGAAAUAUAAGUGGCCAUCAGAUCCAGCACUUGAAUUCGGUGACGGUUCUGAAUUAAACAGCGAACUCGAAAAUCCUUCUUUGUUGGGUGAUCAACCUUUUCUUAUGAAUCUUCUGAAUCUGGAAGCUAUGCUUCCGCUCGACAUGUGAUAUACUCGUAGUGCCAUAAACAUUAUAAUUCUUAUUGUGGUAUAUUUACA